GGUAGCAAAGAGCUUUAUUGAGUUCACUGUUCAGUACUACCAAACCUUCCAAAUUCUCUAUACCCUGUUUGUCUCUUUCACCGUCUCUCUCUCUCCCCUCUUUUUAUCUCUCUAGAAAGAUUCACUCUCACUGAUUAAUUUGUAGAAAAAGUGACGGAACACUGUCUGUGGAGUCUCCUACUUAAGUGGAUUUCCUACAAGCUCAGACCUUUCAAAUCUUCAGGUGUGAGUGAGUGAGCAUUCUUCUGCUCUUAGAUGCUCAGCUCUGAUCAUCCAAAAUAGCAUCAAUGGUGAGGAAUUGGGUUGCAUUGCUUCUGGUUUUUCUGCUUCUCUCUGGGGAUUUCUCUUCAGGAGCAUCUGCCACACCUCCUGCAAAAAUUGUAACUGGGGUUGUCUCCAAUGUGGUUUCUGCUCUUGUCAAAUGGCUCUGGUCGCUGAAAUCCACCACAAAAACCAGUUCAGCUGUUUCUAGCCGUUCGAUGAUCAAAUUUGAAGGUGGAUAUACCGUGGAUACGGUGUUCGAUGGAAGUAAGCUUGGAAUUGAACCACAUUCAGUUGAAUUAUCCCCAAAUGGAGAGCUUCUGGUUUUGGAUUCCGAAAAUAGUAACAUCUACAAGAUCUCAAUGCCAUUGUCUCGUUAUAGCCGACCCAAGUUGAUUUCUGGAUCACCUGAGGGAUACUCAGGGCAUGUGGACGGGAGGCCAAGAGAUGCAAGAAUGAACCACCCAAAAGGGCUGACUGUGGAUGAUAGAGGAAAUAUUUAUAUCGCAGACACAAUGAAUAUGGCUAUCAGGAAGAUAACUGAUGCCGGGGUUACGACUAUUGCUGGUGGAAAAUGGGGCAGAGGAGGUGGUCAUGUUGAUGGUCCAAGUGAAGAUGCAAAGUUUUCUAGUGAUUUUGAUGUGAUAUACGUCGGUAGCAGCUGCUCUCUUUUGGUUAUUGACAGAGGAAACCAGGCAAUUCGGGAGAUCCAACUCCACUAUGAUGACUGUAACGACCACUAUGAUGGAACUUUCGGUUUAGGAAUAGCAAUGCUGAUUGCAGCUGCAUUCUUUGGCUACAUGCUGGCACUGCUGCAGCGUAGGGUGCAAGCAAUGUUUUCGUCAAAUGAUACAAGUUACUUACAGGAUCAAAGAACUAUACAUAGGGCUGCAACAGUGGCACCAUAUCAGAGGCCUCCUAAAUCCGUCAGGCCCCCUUUAAUUCCAAAUGAAGAUGAACCUGAGAAACUAGAUGACGGCUUCUUUGGUUCACUAGGGAAGAUCGUCCUCAACACUGGCUUGUCUGUGUCUGAAAUCUUUGGGGGAAUAUUUACGGGCUUUAGAAGUAAGCCCCGACAAUAUCACAUUCAGCAGCAGUAUCACCAAGCUAAUAAGCAUUCAAAUGCUUGGCCCACGCAAGACAGCUAUGUGGUUCCAGACGAAGACGAGCCUCCAUCAUUAGAAACGAGAUCCUCAACCCCAAAUAAAACCUACCCAUACAUGACCAAAGACCUGGAGAAGCCUCGCCAUUCGAAGCAAAGUCAAGCUUACUAUAAUUCAUGGGAGGGCGAAUAUCAGCAACAGCAACAACUUCUGACACAGCUGCAGCAGCAGCAACAACUUCAGACGCAGCUGCAGCAGCAACAACAACUUCAGAUGCAGCUGCAGCAGCAGCAUCAUCACAGGCAUUACUCAACAAACCCGACUACAUACUACGAGGAGAGCAGCGAGACAAACGAGAUUGUGUUUGGGGCAGUCCAAGAACAGGAUGGACGGCGUGAAGCUGUGGUGAUAAAGGCAGUAGACUAUGGAGAUUCUAGAUAUAACCACCACAACAUUCGACAGCGUUUCAAUUAUAUGGAUUAUAAUUCCUCUGGUUACUGAUUCCCAUCAAAAGAACACAAGAAUUUCAUCCUUUAUGUUAUAUUUCUUAUUUUCUCGUGGAAAUGUUAGCUUUCCGAGAGUUGUUUCUCAAGGAAAUGUGAAAGUUUUAUACCUCAGCUUAGGUCUGCAUUUUCCUU